AUGAAUAUUUCCAAGAAGGUGCUAGAUGACAACUUCACUAACAACUGUUUCAACUGUACGAUUGAUGGCUUCAAACAAGCAGUUUAUCCCAUCAUGUAUCUCUUUAUCUUCCUCCUGGGUGCUGUUGGAAAUGGCCUCUCCAUUUAUGUUUUCUUCCAGCCUUCACAGAAGAAGAUCUCAGCAAACAUUUACAUGCAGAAUUUGGCUGUUUCAGACCUCAUGUUUGUGAGCACUUUGCCUCUUCGGGCCACAUAUUUCCUAUUGGGAUCACGUUGGGUAUUUGGUGAUAUUCUCUGCAGGACCAUGACUUACACCUUGUAUGUGAAUAUGUACUGCAGCAUUUAUUUUCUCACCAUGCUCAGCAUCGUUCGGUUCGUGGCCAUCGUUUACCCAUUCAAACACAUGAAAGUGGCCAACAUGAAGUAUGCCAGGAUAACAUGUGCAGCCAUAUGGGUCUUUGUGCUGGCAUCUGCCAGCCCUCUGUUAUGCAAGGAAAUCGCUGGAUACAUCGACCCAGUCAAAUGCUUGGAACUCCAUCCCUCCAGCACACACAGGCUCCUCAUGUUGAACAGCAUUGUCCUCAUUGUGGGCUUCAUUCUGCCAUUUUGCACAAUCAUUGUCUGCUAUGUCUUUGCGAUCAAAACGUUACUCAAGUCCAGGACUCCACAGAGAAAGAGGAUGAUCUGUCACAAGAAGGCACUGUUAACCAUCAUCAUUACUCUCAUCUUUUUCCUCCUCUGUUUCCUGCCAUAUCAUAUACUGCGAACUGUCCACCUGGUGUACAGCAACAGCAGCCAGGACAACCUGCCUGUACACAAAGCACUGGUAGUCACUCUCUGCCUUGCUGCCAUGAACAGCUGUCUUGAUCCCAUCCUCUAUUACUUUGCUGCUGAAAAUUUCAAAGCAAAAUUCAGAAGUUUGUGCUGCAGGUAG